AUGGUAGCGGUUCAGGGCGGGCAGGACGAUUCCCAUGCCUCUCCUGGCGUCACAAGACCACUCGUUACCCAGACGGCAGGUGGAGAUAUCGUAGUUGACACCAUCAUGGCAGACGACCAGCAGGCGGUUCCCGUAUCGAGCCACGGGCCAGACACGGUCGGAGCCUCGGUCGAUCACGGUUUAAACUCGUCAACGCCUGGCGGCGGCGACGGAGCGUCGACGCGUCAGACAGCGGUAUCACAACCCCGAUUACCUGAGGGGGUAAAGACGACUUCAUCCACGCCGGCCGUGGAGCACGUACCUCCUAAGGAGCUUUUUGAGGCUCUAAUUGAGUCGAUGAAAGCCUCACCAGGCCCAACCAACGUUGAUGUCUGGCGUCUGUCCAUCCAGGACCUAUUUACAGCGGAAUAUGCUCGGAUACCGGUAAGCGUCGACGCGUUACCGGCCGGACGCACAAGGUUUCCCAAGCUUAAGGGACCUGAGGCGGAUAGCUUGCUAGAUCUUUUUCGACGCUGUUAUGUGUCAGCUUCUGGAAGUUUCGCCGACUGGAAACGACUGGCUCAUCAGAUCAGCAAAGAACUCCUCCUGACGAAGUGGGCAUUCAAGGAGAUCAUAAGAAAAUUGGUCAGUCAACAAAAGUGGGCCACUGCUCCUGUCCCCAAUCAAUGGGCAGAAGUCGUGCGGGCGGGUAAUACGGCUCGCCAAAUGGACGGGGAGAACAAAGGGAGCAUAACCUAUGAAGAUUUUAUGUUUGACCCGGCCAAAUUCUCGUUGGAAGACUCGAUUACAUAA